AUGAAUGAAUUUGUGCCUGUCAUGGAGUUUGAGGAUUUUCUGGAAGGUAAAGAACUCGUUGGCAAUCUUUUUUCAUCAGUCUUCCGCGCUCAUGAUUUCAAUAUGGACAUACUAUUGACCAAGUUGUCUACCUACAACCAUACAAAGAAGGAUGGACCAAAGAAUAUGUUCUCAAAUAUGAUCACAGAGAAUGUAUCGAUGGCUCACGAUUCUACAAAAAUGAGAACAAUGCAUGGUGAGGAAGAAGGUCCUGAAAAAACAUCACACCCAACUUUUUAG